GAGUCUCACAGCAGGAGGGUCUCCCACUGAAGGGGCUUCACGGGGUCACUGAGUCUGCGCAGACAUGUUGUAAACAGCAGGGGGAAAGAAACACUUUAUUAGACUUUUUUGAUUUAUUUUAUUUGUGAAGCUUGAGUGAAGCUGUAAAAACCGUCCUUCAGCGUCACGAUGUGGAAACCCGCCGGUGGUUCAAACGGCACCUUCAGCUCAGCGGCCGCCGCCGCCGCCGCGGUCACCUGUCUGCUCGUGACCGGGACGCUGGUCAUCACUGUCGGACACCCGAGAGGCGGAGAGCCGGUGGAGCCUCCGGCCGCUGCGGGGAAAGCGUUCUCGGCGUACUUCAGGAAACUCACCCGGGAGAGGCGCGCGAUGAGCGGCCCGCGGAGGAGGAGCGCUCCCGUCGGGCCGGUGGAGCGCCUCUCCCCGGACGACCUGUUCAUCGCGGUGAAAAGCACCGGGAGGUAUCACCGGCAGAGGCUGGAUCUCCUGCUGGACACCUGGAUCUCCAGAAACAUGCAACAGACGUUCGUGUUCACUGACGGAGAGGACGAGAAGCUGAGGAAGAGGAUGGGAGCUCACCUGAUCAACACCAACUGCUCAGCGGCCCACAACCGCCAGGCCCUCUCCUGCAAAAUGGCUCUGGAGUACGACACCUUUAUCAAGUCUGGCAGGAAGUGGUUCUGCCACGUGGACGACGAUAACUACGUGAACGUGGGCUCGCUGCUGAAGCUCUUGUCUCAGUACGCUCACGCGCAGGACGUCUACAUCGGCCGGCCCAGCCUCGAGCGACCCAUCGAGGCCACGGAGAGGCUCGGCGCCACGCAAACGAAGCAGGUGCGUUUCUGGUUCGCCACGGGCGGAGCAGGAUUCUGUCUGAGCCACGGCCUCGCUCUCAAGAUGAAACCCUGGGCGAGCGACGGCGCCUUCAUGGCGACAGCUGAGCACAUCCGCCUCCCGGACGACUGCACCGUCGGUUACAUCGCGGAGGCGCUGCUGGGCGUGAGCCUCAUCCGCUCGCCGUUGUUCCACUCCCACCUGGAGAACCUGGGCCUGGUGUCAGACAUACACAACCAGGUGACCCUCAGCUACGGCACAGUGGCGAGCAGCAGGAACGCCGUCACCCUGAAGGGCCCGUUCUCCAUACUUGAAGAUCCCACGAGGUUCAGGUCGCUCCAUUGUCUGCUGCACCCAGACGCCGCUCGCUGCCCCCGGCCGCGUUAACCCGGGUCCAGAGCCCACCCCACCCCCCUCCCCCCCCCCCUCCACUCAGCAUUCUCUGAUGGAGGAGGAAGUCCCGGCAGACGUCCAGGAUGGGGAGAGAAAAAGGAGUCUCGCCGCUGCCCUCUUCUGGCGCCCUCGAGAGCCCGAGACGCGUUUCAGGGGGAAUGUUUUCACGCUCGUCCGGCUCCGAGUGGAAGACUGACUCUUUUUUUUUUAUUUGUAUCGCUUUGACACCUGAACUCUGACUCCCCCUGUGAAGUGUUGAUGGGGGUCAAAAAGGCCAAACACUGCAGAAGAAGAAGAAGAAGAAGAAGAAGAAGAAGAAGAAGAAGAAGAAGAAGAAGAAGAAGAAGAAGAAGAAGAAGAUCGAAUCCCACUUUGCAAGUGAGCGCACAUGACAGUCUCCUCUUAGUGGAGGGGGUCAAAGUUGAAACCCCGAAGUCAUCCGUUUCCCCUCCAAAUGUCUUUUUAGCUGCAGAUCUUCGUUAUUAACGCGCCGAGAGACGAUAUUAUCAUUGAAAUGAUGGCCAGCAGUAUGAAAGUGAGCGUUCGUCUCCUCUUCACCUUGUGAAAUAUGGUUCUUGUGCGAGCGGGUACCGGGCAGCGAAUGGCCAAUUAUUUUAUCUGAAGUUUUUGUCUCGUCGGCGUUCAGUAUUAUCUUUUCUCUGAAGUAGAAGCACCAUGCCGGAGCACUUUGCCCUUUUUAUUUUUCUGCUGUUUGCAAGAAGAUGCAUCUUUUUUAAAUUUUUUUAUCUUAUUUCUGAGCUUUUGAGGAAGCUGGUAAGCCUCCAGACGUGAGUGUGGGGUCAAGUCUUUUCAGCUAACUCUUGGCAAAGAAAGCAAAUAAGAGUAUUACCCGAAAUUAACUGAAUGAAUUUAAUGAGCAGUUCUUUACAAAUGCAAAUGCUUCUUUUAAAAAAAAGAAAGAAAAAAAAAGCCAUUAUCACGUUUUGAGGCUGCUUCGCAAGCCGUCACGCGGGAGCAGCGUAACAAAGAGUGACUCAUGUUGGGUCGUCUUCUAUCUUUGAGUGACAGUUGUGAAGUUGAAUUCUGUCCCUUGUUUGUUAAAUGAAUGGAUGCGAUGAAGCGUUGCUUCUGACGCGCUCAUCUCCAGUAUCUGGACUGUAUGAGGACCUGCAAUAAAAAAUAAAAUAAAAACUUU